AUGGUUGUGCAAGUGGCCGGCCCUGGUGGGCGACCUUUUUGGCUACCGCCAUCGAUUCCAAACUUAUCGUGCGCUCUUAUGUCUCAUGGAAGAAUUCAGUAUGAAUGCCAACUAAAAAAAGUUGAUUAUGAGAAGCAACCAAUUUGCGAUGUGAGCAUCUUUGCCCCAUAUAUAUAUCGACGAAAAUCUUUGACCGAUACAAGAAUCUGUCUUGUCGGUCGGUAA